AUGAGAUACUUCAGGCUGAGUGGCUCCGGGCCCGAGGUCGGUUGGGUGAGCCUGAAGGUCAAGGACAAAGCCAUGGUCAAACGGAGGGAAGAGAAGAGGAAGCCGCGAGUUCUGGCACUGCACGGCGCUCCCAGCAACUCCAACAUCAUGAAGUUUCAGACAGCCCAGCUGCGGAAGCUGGCCGGUGAGGACUUCGAGUGGCUGUUCGCCGACGGCCCUUGCGCCUGGAAGCCGCUGCCAGGAUCCAAGCUGAUGAACCUGGCAGAGCGCACUCCAGUGGAAAAGGCAAUCGCCAAAGACAAGCCUUUCGUCCAGUGGUAUUCACAUCCUGAGCCUUCUCCAGAGGAGACGGCGGCAGGCAAGGGACAAGAAAUGGAUUUCGACGGUGUCCAAUACGAGAAUGUGGACGAGGGCGUGCGAUUCCUGGAGGAGUAUGUGAAAGCAAAUGCUCCGAUUGACGUUGUGGUGGCAUUUUCACAAAGUGGGACGCUAGUGGCCAUCUUGAUGGACUUCCUGCGCAAGGCCGAGAAGCCGAUGCCUUGGCAGCUCACUGUCCUCUUCUGCGGGGCCAUGAUCGAUGAUGUGCGCUAUGCCCUGGAGGAGCCUUUAGCCACGCCGGCGCUGUAUGUGCAUGGCGGUGAUGCAGACCCCUGGGGGCGACACGGGGAACGUUGCCUGCCGAAGAUGUACACCGAGCUGGAAAUGCUGGAGCACGCAGAUGGUCAUAGCUUCCCUUCCACGGCGCCGAGGGCCUCUGAGAUUUAUCUGCGCGUUUUGCAGCGAAUGUAUGUGGCUUGCGCCGAUGCCUUGUGA